AUGAAUUUAAUUACUCUUAUUUGUAAAAUAAAUUUUAUUCCUAUUUCUUUUAAUCGGAAAAGAAAUGCAACAAUAGAAAGAAUACUUCCUUAAACCAAAUGUUUAAUAGUUUGA